AAAAAAAUUGGUAAAAAAAUAUAGAUAAUACAAAAAAUAUUUUUGUUAGCUUUAUUACUAAAGAUGGCUAAAAUAAUGCUGUUUGUAGCUAUUUGCAAUCCUAUCCAAGCUGCCAAUGCAAUUCUCAAAUGUUAUAGUGGGGGCCCCGACUGUCACCUGGGCUUGGUCCCACCGAUGCUUCUUGUCGGCAAGGGCGCGGAUGCCUGGGCGCAUGCGCGUGGGAUUGAGACCAACAAUAAUACGCGACACAAGAUUACCGAGGCGGCGUUAGGAAAAUACGAGGAAUAUAUGAACCGCAUCACAAAUGUGUCUAAAGCUGCAGAGACGGAGGCCGACUUAUUUGAUAAUGGUGGCGGGUCCCAAGACUUGUUGAUGGAUACUGUAGGUGCAGUGUGCGUUGAUUCCCACGGAAAUGUGGCUGCUGGGGUUAGUUCAGGCGGGAUUGCGCUUAAAUACCCAGGACGCGUGGGUGAGGUAAGCAUAUAUGUUUAUAGAAAAAGGACGUUUGCCAAGAAUACACAGGUUAAAACAAAACCUAAUUAUGAAUUAACCACUUCUAUUUACUUUUUUUGUAGGCUGCUAUGUUUGGGUGUGGAUGCUGGGCCGAAACACAGUUGGACGAUGAUGAUUGCCCGCUGGCUGUUGGGUGCAGCGUGACUGGUACGGG